GACAACAGUCCAGACCUGAAAUCAUCAGUGCAGUGAUCACUUCAACAGGAUGGGCCUUCAGAAGCUUUUAGGACAGUUGUCAUGAACCCCCACUACUAGAUGUGCUGGCUUAUUUGCAACCACAGAGGACCACUGUCACUACCAUCGUGGCUCAAUAUGGCCCUGACAGAGAUACCUGACAUGCUGGAUAACUGGAUAUUGACUGCCCUCGUCUCCAUCGGCGUUGGCUCGCUUUUGUUUGUGGUGGCUCUCUUCGUCCUCCUCCGGAAUAACGUCCAUGCGAAUAUCUUUUGGAACGAAAUCGUCCUCGAGAAGAUCACCAACUUUGUCAUGGAUCAGAGCAAGGAGCAGCGGAUCCUGAACUCGGUCUCUUACAACGCCGUCAAAGGAGACCCUGAGAGUGUUUUGAACUGCAUUGACUCAUACUGCUCCAAGAGCGAGUGGGCCAUGAACGUCGGGGAUGAGAAAGGUCUGAUCCUGGAUAAAAUUGUCAAGGAGACCGACCCGACCACCGCCUUGGAGCUGGGGACUUACUGCGGCUACUCGGCCAUCCGGAUUGCCCGGCUUUUGAAACCCAAAGCUCGUUUUUUCUCCAUUGAACCCAACCCGGAUUUCAUACCCAUUGCUAAAGAAAUGAUCGAGUUGGCUGGGCUCAGUGAUAAGGUGACCAUCCUUGAGGGCCAUGCCCAGGACAUCAUCCCUCUGCUGAAGAGUAAAUACAACGUGAAUACCUUGGAUUUUGUCUUUCUGGACCACUGGAAGGAUAGAUAUGCCCCAGACACCAUCCUUCUUGAGGAAUGUGGCCUCUUGCGGAAGGGAUCGGUCCUUUUGGCCGACAACAUCAUCUACCCGGGGGCUCCCGAGUUCAUCAAGUACAUCCGUAGCCACAAGCACUUUGAGUGCACCAACUACCCUUCUCACCUGGAGUACAUGAAGGCAGAGGACGCCAUGGAGAAGGCCGUGUACCUGGGAUGAAGAGCAAGUGUGCGCGCGACAUUCUUGUCUGUCUUCUGUUUGGUCUGUGUGAACACGCAACGUGAAUUGUA